GCUAUUAACAGAACCCAACCCUGCUCAGAGGAUCUCGCUGGUGUGGUGGGGCUGUGACGUCACAAGGCUCCUCGCCUCUGGCCAGGCCCCUUGACUGUGAUUGGUUGAUUCGGAGAAGGGUGGUGAUGGAGAAGGGCGGGAACAAAUUACAGAGACAAAGAAAGCGUUUGGGUGUAACAAUUAGAGAAGGGCGUGCGGAGGAGCUCCCGGGCUGGUCUAUAUAGUGCUCCUUUCACCUGCCCCUGCGCCAGGGAGAGGAGGCGGAGGAGGUCCGGUCUGACCCGGAGCCCCCAGCGCCCAGCGCCCACCGCCCAUCGCGGUGGGGGCAGGGCCAGCGGGCGGGGCUAUGUGCUGCUAGAAGGCUAGGCACCGUAAUUGAAGUGGUUACCAAGUUGAGCUAUGGAGAAGCCCGAGUCUCUCGCACCUGGUAGUGGCCUCAGUGCGGAACCCCCUAGCGGGGUUCCUAGGGCAGUACCUGGAAGUGUCAGAGGUAUACAAGCAGAUACCGGGUUACCCUCUGGAGUUGCCUUGCAUCGUGGUCCUGGCUCCCUCACGCAUUCCGGGAACCCUGUAGUCCGCAGUCCUGGUCCAGUCCAGCCCUCUGAAGGGGCAGUGACCCUCAAUCCGGGACCCGCUCCGCAACUCCGGGAGGUUGCAAGCCUUGGGUCCAGCACAUCCCCUAGCACUGGAAAUGCUGGAAUUGCUGGAACUGCUGGAACUGCUGGAAGUGGUGCUACUGGUGUUACUGGUGCAAAUAGUGCAACUAAGGCGUCCACCACCACCCCUGGGCAGGAGGAGCCUAAAGUGUACAGUUCGGAGACUAGUACACACUCUGGGUCAUCUUUCACGGAGCGGCCACGGAGCAUCCUAAAAAACAGCAGCUCCAUCUUGAUAAAGAAACCUCCCAAUUCAGAGAAGAAGUCUCAGCGCUGGGAUGAGAUGAACAUCUUGGCUACCUACCACCCUGCUGACAAAGACUAUGGCUUUAUGAAGGCAGAUGAGCCCAGAACCCCCUACCACAGGCUACAGGACAAUGAUGAGGACCUGUCUGGGGAGUCUUCUCUCAAGGUGACUCCUCAGUCUGUGGCAGAGAGGUUUGCCACAAUGGACAAUUUCCUCCCCAAGGUCCUCCAGUAUGGAGACAACAAAAGCUCAAAGGCCACAGACAACUUUGCCAAGACAUACUCCAGUGAUUUUGACAAGCACCGAAAGAUACACUACAGUGAAGGGAAGUUCCUGAAGUCUCCGAAAAGCCUGCCCGCUGAGGAGGAGAGCACCGGGGCCGGGGCCAGCAUCGGCAGCAGUGAUCAAGGUGUGGCGACGGACCUGAAGCCUAGGCCAGUGGAGAAGGGCUGGGCAGGAAGACUGGCCACAGGAGUCAGAAAUGACACUGUCCUGAUGAGUGACAGCCAUGUCUUAAACACCAAUGAUUCUGCUACCUAUAGAAACCAGUUCCCCUCAGCCUCAGACUCUACCAUGGGGCAGCUGGCUAAUCUACAGCGCAAGGAAUACUACAGUAAAGGAAGGUACCUGAGGUCCUGUUCCCGCCCAGAGCUCGGAGAGGAUAUAGAAGAUGAAGAACAGGACAGUCCUUCAAGUUUGACCUGGGGCACUGAGCAUGCCAAAGGCACUCCAGUCACUGGGACACAGGCGGCGUCCAGCUGUUGGGCUAAGGGGCUAAAGUGCCGAAGCCCAGGGAGCUCAGAAAAAGAACAUGGCAGUAACCAGAACCCGCCAAGCUGGAAAGGGCGCAGACGUGAGCCUGGGCCAAGGCAAGGGGGUAACCUGCAUUGCCCAGGGAGGUAAAGGGGUUACGUGGGGGAGUUCUAGAGAUUUGAGGGCCACAUGGACAAGAGCUUAACCUGCUGCAAGAAAGCCUAACCUCUUCUUUCUCUAGAUGAAAGCUUGCGACUCCAGUGGACUCAGGAAAAAGAACCCUGGAAAAUGUAGUCAGCUGGGGUUGCGGUGAGGGUGGCCGCCUUCCUUCCUCUCUCCACUCUAAUGGACAAUAAAGAGAACAUCAGGAA